CACGCCGCACAGCACCAAAAGCGAAGUUCUUAGCUAUUGAAAGGAAAACCAGAAAGUGUGAUAGAGACAUCCACAUAAAUUGUUCUUCACUUCGCUGCGCUAACAAGAAACUCGUAGAUUAAUCAAAGCAAGAUGGCUAGCAAGUCCUUACCGGAGAAGGAAGUGGUAGUGGUCUCUGACGAUGACGACAAUGAUGAUACAAAUAUCAUUAAGUACAUCAAACCUGUUUCAGUAUACAAACAACUUGAAGCUCGCUCAAAGAACAACCCAUAUUUUCGUCGAAGGUGUUUGAACUACAUAAUCAAAGCGAAGAAAAAAAAGAAGUCAAAUUCAAGAGUGACAAUAAGAUUCAACUAUAGGGAUGUGGGAAACAAGAAAACACUAAAAGCUGAAGAUGUGGAAAAAUUUUCUUGCCCAUUUUGCAUGAUGCCAUGUGGAGGCCACGAGGGCUUGCGAGAUCAUUUGGAGUCAUCACAUGACGCCUUUAACUAUGACUUUUAUGGGGCAGCGGAAGAUCAUGGUCCCGAAGUUGAUGUUUAUCUGAAAAGGGAGACAUUAAAAUUUGGGGUACUAAAAUAUGAUGUGGGAUAUCCUCAGUUGAAACCUUUUAUGUUUCGACGUAGGAGAAGAAGACAAAGAGGUCUCGUGAAGCGACUUAAUGCACGCUUUUUGGAGUUGGAGACAGACGAGUUACCUCGUGGCACAGAAAAUGAACUUGCUAAUGUGAACGAGGACAAUGUCUCAUCACCACCAAGAGCUCACUCUCCGGAGAAGACUAGCGACGUUUUAACUACAUCUCAACCAGUAAUAGCUGAGCCUUCUGAACCUGUGGUGCCUCCUGAUAGUGGGAGAAAAGAGUUAUUUGAGGAGUCUUCCGAGAAGACUAGCGACAUUUUAACUACGACUCAGCCAACAAUAGCUGAGUCUUCUGAACCUGUGGUGCCUCAGGUUAGUGGGAGACAAAACUCAACUGCUGAGCCUUCUGAAGCUGUGGUGCCUCGUGUUAGUGGGAGAAAAAAGUCAACUGCUGAGUCUUCUGAACCUGUGGUGCCUCGGCCUCGUGUUAGUGGGGGAAAAAAGUCAACUGUUAAGUCUUCUGAACCUGUGGUGCGUCGUGUUAGUGCGAGAAAAAAAUCAAUAGACGAGUCUUCUGAACCUUUGGUGACUCCUGUUAGUGAAAGAAGAAACUUAUUUGCUGAGUCUUCUGAACCUGUGGUGCCUCAUGUUAGAGGAAGAAAGAAGUCAUCUGCUGAGUCUUCUGAACCUGUAGUGCCUCAGGUUAGAGGAAGAAAGAAGUCAUCUGCUGAGUCUUCUGAACCUGUAGUGCCUCAUGUUAGAGGAAGAAAGAAGUCAUCUGCUGAAUCUUCUGAACCUAUGGUGCCUCCUGUAAGUGGGAGAAAGAACUUAGUUGAUGAGUCUUCUGAAGCUGUGGUGCCUCCUGAUAGUGGGACAAGAAAUGUAUCUGCUGAACCUAUGGUGCCUCCUGUUAGUAGGAGAAAAACGUUAAAUGCAGAGCGGUCCAAGACUAAAGGACUGGAGCGACUUAAGAGCCGGCAGUUCUAUCACUCCCGAACAUUGCAGCCAAUGACCUUUGAAGAAGUAAUUUCUAACGAGGAUAGCGAGAAUGAAACUGAUGAUGAUGCUUUAGAUCUUCAUGAACGCCUGAGAAUUGAACGUAUUCCAAAGUUGGGCAAAGAGCAAAAGCGAUACAUGUAUCUAUGGAACAUAUUAAUAAGAAAGCAAACGGUGGUCGCGGAUGGACAUGUUCCUUGGGCAUGUGAAGAGUUUACAAAACUUCACAAGGAAGAGAUGAAAAGUUCGUCAAUUUUUGAUUGGUGGUGGAGAAGGUUUAGGAUUCACCUGUGGAGUCAAGGCCUUAUAUGCGCCAAAACCUUUAACAACUGCACAACUAUCAUCCUCCAGAAGGACAAGAACUCGGAAGAAGCAGGACCAUCCAACUCUCACCAUCCUGCUAAUGCCAACACACAACAAUCCAUGGAAGCAGGACCAUCCAACUCUCACAAUCCUGCUAAUGCCAACACACAACAAUCAAUGGAAGCAGGACCAUCCAACUCUCACCAUCCUGCUAAUGCCAACACACAACAAUCCAUGGAAGUUGAUGCAUAACAACAGUGACCAUAUGGAGAAGGAGAAGUUCAGACUGCCAUAGCUAUCUGGUUUUAUUUCGUUUCUUAUAAACCUACAGUGUCGUGAACUUUUAGUUUAA